AAGAAUCAGCCACAAUGAGGCUGAGCUACUCCAGAGCAGGCUUUCCUGCGAAUGGAUAACCAUACACACACCACCAUUUAUUUUUAAUCGAAAGUUUAAAUAAAGAAUUAUCCAAUUCAUCAUUUCGUCUGAGGUGCCACAUGAGCAAACCGAAUGAGGAAAGACCACCAACUGCUCCGUUGGUGGAGCUCCACGUGCUAUAUGUCCCAGAAGAACAGUGGAAUUCGAAGCUCAACAGAGCCUCCACUGAAGCCAUCGAUAGCUUUGUGUCAGCCGGGUUCAUCAGGGUUCAUCCUGAUCUGAAUUUACAAGUCCUACGAGAUGGACUCUGCAGGUUUCUGGGGGCGGACAAAGAGAUUGAAACUUUUUCCUUUCUAAAAUGUGUGGGUAGAAGUUUGGCCUUGGUAAAAGCUAAUCAGGAAAAAGAGCUGAAAGUGAAGUUCUUUGCACCACCACACGCUCCAGAGCCAGAAUUGUACUUGUUGCCAAGAGUGGGAAAUGACAGAAACAGUUGCUCUGUUUCGCUCACACCUGAUAGGCAGAACUAUCCCAUCAACCCUCAGAUUUAUAGUUCUCCUCUGAAGGUCAGCAGUGUGCCUCCUGUGAAAAAAGAGAGCACUAAAUUCCCUAGGAUUAAACCCAGGGCUCCCUGUAACCCCCCUGCUCAGAGCCAGGGCGACGAGGGAAAUUCCAGCUCGGAGGAGGAGAAAUUAGAAGAACUCAGCCCAGUGCAGGAGCCCAGAUGGACUGACACAGCCAGUCUUCAAAGGACAGGAACUCGGCAGCAGCCGGAGCCAAACAGAAAAAAAGCAGAACUGGCCCUGCGCGCCGGUACCCAGGGCAGAAAUAAGAAGACGUCGGUGAAGAAGAGCCUGCAUGGGCUCAGAAACAGCACCAGAGACUCUGGUGUUCCCGAGUCACUAGAGGACAGAGAUUCUGAAUACCUGCACUAUCAGGGCAGGAAAACCGAAGACUCUGUGCCACUGAAAGAUCACAACAAGAAGGAAACUAAGGAGGUCUAUGAGAAUCCUUUGCCCUUGCCCACCCCAGCACAGUACUCCUCUCCUCCUGCGGCCCCUUUUCUGGCCCAGACUGCACAACAACCUGCUCCUCCGGUCUUUUUAACCGACAGAGAUGAGCUCAUUGAGGAAAUCAAGUUGGCGAAGCAGGAGCGGAAACAGCUUGAGAAGACCAGACAAAACCUGCUAAGAAAGGCUAAAGAGCUCCUGGGACGCUAUCGCCACAGGAGAAAUCAAGCUCGCGACACCUGGAAGAAGAAAUAUUUUGAGACCAAAAAGACAACUGUUCCACUGGAGGAUGGUCUGAAAAACCUGCGACAGGAGCUGGAGAAGUAUUACCACAAGCUGCAGCAGCAGCUGCAGGCCAGGGAUACAAGAAGCAAACCUCAGUCCUAUGGGCAUCCUUCAAACAGCAAGAAUGACCUCAUUAUUCAAAUGAUAGCAGAGACCCAUGAAAUAGAUCAACUAAGAAAGAAAGUGGAGGAUGCUAAAAUGAAACUUGUGACAGAAAUCAAGCUCAGGAAGCAGAUAGCCACAGAGGUGCGAGCUCUCAGAGCAGAGCUUGCACAGAAAAGAGCCCAGCUGUCUCUGUCCUGUCCACAGGGAGGCUCUGCUGCACACCGAUUUGGAUACCAGGCCAGGCUGCAGGUCCGGCACAUACCAGUGUGAACACAUGAAAGGUUACAAAUAAGAAGAGACCAUUCAACCUAAUCGACGGUCAGUAGGUAAUGGAUCCAGGGAUCUCAUCCAACCAUUUCAUGAAAGAAACCAUGGGCUUCAGCAAUGAGGUUGUGUAGUUUGUUCUGACCCCCACAACCGUUUGGGUGCCUCCUGUUCUGGGUUAUACAUUACCACAUCAUAUAUACUCACAUAGUUUCUACUUGUGCCUUCCGGUGCCAAUUCUACACAUUCACUGGGCUGACUUUGUUGGUACCUUUGAUGAUUUUGAGUACUUGAGUACUUCUCUCUGUUCAACACUAAGGGGAUGAGCUCCACAGGCCCCAAGCUCAUGUUCAACCCUAUAUAUAUGGGUAUACAACUACUAUAUAUAUGUUCUUCUUAAAGGUCUCGUUAUUCCCUAUUCUUAAGAAGAAUUUUGAACAAAGUCUCGCCUUUUGAACAAAGGCACAGAGUUUGGAUGUUACUGAUUAUGAAGCGCAUUAUUUCACAAAAAUAUAUAAUCGUUACAGCAAAAAUAUGAUGAAAGGCUCUUGUUCAUACAGGAAGAAAAACCUAAAUCUACUUUCCACAGUUCUGUUCAGAAAUCAACCUGGUUUUUCGUUCCACUUCACUUACGUGGAAAUGUACAUCUUGCUUAUGGAUUUGUUCAGUCAAAUUUAGUCAAAAAAUAUCUGUUGUUGUGUUGUUAUAUGAUGAAGCCUAACGAUAAUACUAAUAUAGUGGAUUUUAAAAAUAUUUCAUUAUGUAAUUUUACUUUUGGACUGGUAUGUUAACAUUAAUAUCAGUAAGGGGAAAAUCAAAACUAUCUUUACCUUAAACUAUCAGGAUGACUUUCCCUUGUUUACUAAGUUUGAUUUGCCCAUCAUUUAUUUUGCCUGUCCACACAAUUUGGAAAAGAAUGCUCUAGAUUCUACAGUAUACAGUAUGUCUACCAAAUAUCCAGGUGGAUGCUGCACAUU